CUGCACCACUUUCCGUCUGAUGUUCAAGAAUUAACCGUAUCGGUGACUACAUCCUAUUACAACGAUAAAGUCAUAUUACACAGAGAUGAAUAUCAUCAGUGUGGUGUCAAUCGCGAAGCAUUCGUCGAUCAACAAGAAUGGAUGCUCUAUGAACAUGUCGAAACGCAAGCAAGAUUUACGAAAGAAUAUCCGUUUAGAGAUGAAAAUCAUGCUAAAGAAGAACAAAAACGAUCAGUAUUCUCCGUGACCUGUCAUGCAGGCUAG